UUAUCGCACUCUGGUGACCGCCCUUGGCCCCCUCCAUCGGUGUCUUGAUGGUCUUCUGCACCACAGGCACUGUGAGGGGGGAAGACGUGCUGGCGUCUGUCGCGGCGGAUUUCGUGCUGGCGUCUGUCGCGACUGCCUUAGGGUAUCCAGCCGCCUAUCCAGCAGCUGCAACUCGUCGAUGCCCUCCUCGUCAGGCUUCCUCUCAGUGGCCCACACGGCGCGCCUCGGCCACUGGUCCGAGGGGAUGGGGCUGCUGUUGGGAUUCUCCGCCGUCUGCUGUUGGGUGCCGAUGACGGUCUCGUCAAAGGUGACGGCUGGCAGGUCCUGCUUGACGUCCGGCAGGAUCUGGUGGCAAUACAGAAAUGACAGUGCCGUGCCGCCCACCGUCCACAGGUCGACGUCGGGCUGCCAGCCGGGGUAGCCCCAGUGCUUCUGCGCCCACUCGCCGACUGCCGCGGGGGUGCUGGGGGGGCCGUUGCGUGUGCGCGAGGGGUCGAUGACGGCCUUGAUGUGGGGCGGGGCGGAGGUGAGUGUGUUCAUGAUGUGUGUCUCGUACGGCACCGCCAGCGUCUUGCCCCCCCUUGUCACCAGACUGCCCCUCUCCUGCCCAGCGGCGUCGAUAACGCCAUCUUGACCCUGCUGCUUAUUAAGCACUGCAGGAGACACCAAAGCACACACAAAAUGUACCGCAGAGCUGAACUUUGACCUCAACAGGCUAUAGUUCUUCGCUACCUUUCUGAUACUGCUCGAAACACUUUGCCACUUCAGCUGCGCGCCGUUAUCAAAUGAGAAGUCGACAAAUAUAAAAUGUAGGCAGAGAUCGGACCUGCACAUCAACACAAAGAGACACGAUCACAGUGGUCGCUGUGCUGAUGUCUCAGUUGGUUUCCUCACGCACACAUUCGUCCGCCCCGCGUCACCAAACUGCCCCUCUCCUGCCCGGCGGCAUCGAUAAAGGUGGGCACCGGCACCACCACCUGCCGACUGCCCCCGCGCACCACCGACGCGUUGGCCUUGACAAAUCCGACAAGGAUAUUGUCGAAGGUCGUGUGGUUGCGACGUACGUGGAGCGGGGCGGCAGCUCCUCGGCCGUCUGGACCGCGCUGGUGCUGGGGCGCUGGCGACGGCCUUGGCAACACUAAGCACAGGCACCUGAACCACACAAACACACACACAAACACACAGAAUACAUUCAUUGGUGAGCUCACCCUUUCCAUCCCUCUGCCCUGUCUGUCUGUCUGUCCGUCUGUCCCUUUGUGUCUCUCACCUUAUGCAUUGCGUUGGUCUUCAUCAGCAGGUCUAUGACUUGGCGGUGACGGCAAAUACGGCACCGACCUGCCAGUCGUCCUCCUCCUUGAAGUUGCUGCUCCCCACCAGCCUUUUCAUCUUCUUCCUGAUCUGCCACCCGUGGGCAAUCUCCUUCAUUUUGGUGCGGUUGAUCCGCUUGCCGUUGGCCAUCUGGAUGCCCGCCUCCUGCGCCGCUGUCGGCUGAGCUCCGCUGUCCAGCAGACGCAGCGCCGACCCCUCGCCAGGCGGAUACAGCAGGACCCGCAGCGCAAGAAAGCUGCCGAGGGGCUGGCGUCGGGCGUCGCUCUGGCGGUCGAUGUUGCCAACGACAGCGACGCCGUCCUGGCCGGGCUGCUGCUUGGGCGGCGCCUCCCCCUCCCCACUCGCAAUGAACAGCGAGUAGAUCGGUCCCCCCAUGGUGUAGAGCCCCUACGCCUGCCGAUACAUACUCGCCCGCGAAGGCCUCGUCUAGGGCCUCCCGGACGGCGGGCGGCACCGCGCCCUUCUUGCGGGCGAGCUUGGCGAGGGCAGGUGGCGGCUGGGCGGUGGGGGUGCGGCUCUUCUCGGGAUGCUGAGUGGUCAGCAGGUAGAGGAAUGCGGGCUCGAGGCGCUCCUUUUGCAUCCUGAUGGUCUUCUGCACCACAGGCAGUGUGAGGGGGCCGUUGCGGAGCCUCUGGAAAGAGACAGCGGCGCGUUGGAUGGCGACGCCAUGAGCCGAUGCUGUCCCCCUCUCCAAAGUCCACUCGGCCGCCUUGUGGAGUGUUGGUGCUGGUGCUUCUGGUGCCGUUGGUGCCUCUGGUGCUGCUGAUGCUUCUGGUGCUGCUGGUGGGGCGGUGGCAUAUGUGCUGUCGGCAUCGUCCUCCUCGGGCAGUGGCGCCGUGGGUGGGGCUGGGAUGGGUGGUCCGGGCGCCAACACGCCCUCCUCCCUCUCCUCAACACACUUGGACACUCUGCAUCCAAACGAGGCGUCCACACAGACACAGACAGACCAAAUGAGAUGGUUAAUGAGAUGGAAGUCUCUCUGCGUGUGGCCUUACCCGUUGUUGGUGUCAUGGCCGCCUCCAGGUGCAGACACGCCCUCCUUCUGCUCCCUCUCCUCCUCAACACUCCUGGACAACCUGCAAUCAAACGAGCAAUUCACACAGUGAGCGACAGGGCAGACCGAAUGAGAUGUGCAGGACGAUGUGGCACUCUCUGUGUGUGGCAUUACAUACCUGCUGUGGUCGUCCUGGUCUCCUCGAGGCGCCGACGCGCCCGCCUCACGACAGCUUUCAGGUGCCUCCUCGGCAGGGCCAGGGGGACUCUCAAAACAGGCGGCUACAUUCUCGGCCUCCGUUUCCUCCUCUCUGCCGGUCGGCUGGUCGCCCUCUCCACUCUGCUGCUGCUGGCUACUCAGAUCGGGGAGCUCUGGUGCUGCUGCUGGCGUGGGGGCGGCUUUGUUGGCCUUCUCCUCUCUCUCCCCCUCCUCUGUCACGCCGGCCGGGCCGUGGCUGUUCUCAUCUCUGGCGGGCUGCAAUGCGGCGGCGGUAGCAGCCUUGUGGUGGUGGCUGGUGGGCUGCUGGCUCGAUAAAUCAUGCACAUGCACAUGGAUCCCUUCCUCUCCCGGCUGAAGACCGCCAUUAAGCGGCCCAGCUCGAACGAUAGCAGCAGGCCCCGGUCCGCUGGGGUGGAUAGGUGGCCGUGGCCGUGGUGCGGCGGACGUCGUGCGGGGAACCUGCUGGUAUUGCUGCGGUCCCAU